AUGAUGAUGUUCGAGUUGGACGAAGAUUUGGACCCCUGGGAACCAACCGAUUCAAAAAUUGACGAUGUCAACAAGAACCCUUUCAAAUUUAAUAAUGAUGAGCCCACUAACUAUGUGAGCUCUGAUAGCGAAGAUGACUACGACGAAGAACAGAAGCCGCAUACACUAUCACCAACAUCAGUACAAAGAUCCCUUUGUCUGAAUGCUACAAGUACUUUGGCUAUUGAUAUUGCUGAGAGUUCUGAUGAUGAACCUAGCCCUUCGCAGCUUUGCUUAUGCGCAAGUACGAAUCUACGCGAGACUCAAGAAAAUGGUCAACGUUCACGUAAAACGUCGCAAACAUCAAGCUUCCCUUACCAUACUCACCAAAUAACAGAAGACUACACCGUAUCACAUGAAAUUAUUGGUGUAGGAGAAUCAGGCAAGGUAAUGGCUUGUUACAACAAGGAAACAAACGAGAAGUUUGCUCUGAAAGUUUUACGCGAAGGACCAAAAUCCCGUCGUGAGGUCGAACUUCACUAUCUUACCAAUGUUCAUGAGAAUGUUGUUACAAUCGUAGACAUCUAUGAAAACACAUUCAACUCUGUCAAAUGUUUGUUAAUGGUCAUCGAGUUUUUGGAAGGCGGCGACUUAUUAACUCAAUUUGAAAACCAAGGCAGCAAGCCUUACUCAGAAAAAAAAGUUGGUGAAAUAGUACGUCAGAUAGGAUCUGCUGUUCAAUAUCUCCAUGACAUGAACAUCGCUCAUCGUGAUAUCAAGUUAGAAAAUAUUCUAUGCAGUUCUACGGGUGAAGAUUGUAUAUAUAAAAUAGGCGACUACGGGUUUGCCAAAAGACCUGAACGUAAUGUUCUCAUGGAAAGUCCAUGUUGUACUCCAUUCUAUGCUCCACCAGAAGUAUUAGGACGUGAACGAUAUGACAAAUCCUGUGAUAUGUGGUCUCUUGGCGUUGCUAUGUACAUAUUACUUUGUGGAUACCCGCCCUUCUACAGUAUGAAAGGUCAAGCUUUGUCUCCUGGAAUGAGAUCUCGGAUCGCCAAUGGCUACUACGCUUUUCCACAUGAAGAGUGGGACAGUGUGUCUCCAUCUACUAAGGAAGACAUUCGUUGUCUGCUACAGACGGAUCCAAGCAAACGAAUGACCAUUCAUGAGCUUAAUAAUACACCAUUAGUCACUGGUGAAGAGCCUGCCACACCAAGCAUUGCCAUUCCGGGUAGUGAGGAACGUGAUAGUAGUGAAGAGCCUGAUGCUCUUCCCGCCAUUCCAUCCAUUCCAAGAAGUGUUCGUUUCCUCAAGGAAGGAGUUAAAGCUCCACGCCUUCACAGCAUUCAGGAAGAAGUUGGUCGUGCAAUGGAUAUCAUGCGCCUAGGACACGAGGAAUUCUUGUUGAAAACACCUCAGAUGUCCUGUAAUAAUCAUUUGUUGACACGCCGACGUAACAGUCAAUUUUCCAUUCCACGCGUUCAAUGUUAA